AUAAAGGUAAUCCUUUAUGACCUUUUGAUUACAGUAUUGAUCUAGACAAACGUGGGGAGGAGGUGGGGAUGAGAUGCAUCAAAUGGCUGAAGGGGUUGGCAAGGAUUAGCGCUAUUGACACUACAUGGAAAUGAUGGAGGAAAGCUGCCCCUCUGAAAGAGAAAGAAAAUGGGCUUAAUCCUUAUCGAGCUGGGGGCGGGGGAGGUCUCAAAAUUGGUAUUUGUUUCUUAGCAGCUGCUGCCAUGUCCAAGGCUUGGAAUUGCCGUGGUGAAUCUAAAACUGUCUCAAUAGUGAUGAGCUGACCUCACCCAAGUUCCAAGCCUUACUCUGCCUGAUCCUUUUUUCCUGAGCCUCAGAGCUAAAAUGCCCCUGAGCUCUUUCCUAUUGGCUGGAAAGACCAACUGAAGUUCCCUUGCCCAUGUUAGGAGGUGUACGCCUCCUGAACUAAAGAUAGAAACAGCUGGCCCUUCCAGGCAGCUAAAAGCUUCCAGACUAAGAGGUGUUCCCCAUUCGGCAGCCAGACUCCUUGAAAUACCCUUUCAGUAAUCAUUCAACCAACGCUUCCAUGUCUCUACUCUGUCGUAACAAAGGCUGUGGGCAGCACUUUGACCCUAAUACCAACCUUCCUGAUUCCUGUUGCCAUCACCCUGGGGUCCCAAUCUUCCAUGAUGCACUUAAGGGUUGGUCCUGCUGCCGAAAGCGAACUGUAGAUUUCUCUGAGUUUUUAAACAUCAAGGGCUGUACUAUGGGACCACACUGUGCUGAGAAGCUUCCUGAGGCCCCUCAACCUGAAGGCCCUGCUACAAGCAGUUCACUUCAGGAGCAAAAACCUCUGAAUGUGAUUCCAAAGUCAGCAGAGACCUUGCGCCGGGAGAGGCCCAAGUCAGAGUUGCCUCUGAAGCUGCUGCCGCUAAAUAUAUCCCAAGCCCUGGAAAUGGCAUUGGAACAGAAGGAAUUAGACCAGGAACCUGGGGCAGGACUUGACAGUAGUCUGAUCCGGACUGGUUCCAGCUGCCAGAACCCAGGAUGUGAUGCUGUUUACCAAGGCCCUGAGAGUGAUGCUACUCCAUGUACCUACCACCCAGGAGCACCCCGAUUCCAUGAGGGGAUGAAGUCUUGGAGCUGUUGUGGCAUCCAGACCCUGGAUUUUGGGGCAUUCUUGGCACAGCCAGGGUGCAGAGUUGGUAGACAUGACUGGGGGAAGCAGCUCCCAGCAUCUUGCCGCCAUGAUUGGCACCAGACAGAUUCCUUAGUAGUGGUGACUGUAUAUGGCCAGAUUCCACUUCCUGCGUUUAACUGGGUGAAGGCCAGUCAAACUGAGCUUCAUGUCCACAUUGUCUUUGAUGGUAACCGUGUGUUCCAAGCACAGAUGAAGCUCUGGGGGGUCAUAAACGUGGAGCAGAGCUCUGUCUCCUUGAUGCCAUCUCGGGUUGAAAUCUCCCUGGUCAAGGCUGACCCAGGAUCCUGGGCCCAGCUGGAGCACCCUGAUGCACUAGCUAAGAAGGCUAGGGCAGGGGUUGUGUUAGAGAUGGAUGAGGAAGAAUCUGACGAUUCAGAUGAUGAUCUGAGCUGGACAGAGGAGGAGGAAGAGGAGGAAGCAAUGGGGGAAUAGUGACACCAGACAGUUGAUGUCUAGAUAGGACCUCAAUGAUUCCCUUAGAAUCUUAGAGACCAGGAUAUUGUUGGCCAUGUGGUGUCAUUGAGCAGCAGGAGGCUGAAGGAGGGGAGAACAAAAUUGUCCAAACCAUGCUGUUUUUUCCCUUAAAUAAAUCUUGUAUUCUUCAGUUUCA